GGCGUGAUAUUUCCGGGUCCUAUGACUUAUCAGGUGGUUGUCCGGUGGGAGGAGAGGGAGCGUGUGCUUUCUGUUUGAAUACUUUCCUUACUCACGUCCCCGAGCCCAAAGCACUUCUCCAAACUGUGUGAGGGAGUAGAGAGGAAGUGGUUGCUCAAAGUUGCCAAAACUUUCCUCUCUCAUAACUGACAUUUGGCAGCAUGGCAGGCGGGUCUGUGUCGGAGUGUAAGGAGUAUUUGUUUAAAGUUUUGGUAAUCGGGGAACUUGGUGUGGGAAAGACGAGCAUCAUCAAGCGAUACGUGCACCAACUCUUUUCGCAACACUACAGAGCGACCAUAGGAGUGGAUUUUGCGCUCAAAGUCCUCAACUGGGACAGUAAAACACUAGUGCGGCUACAGCUAUGGGACAUCGCAGGUCAAGAACGGUUUGGGAACAUGACCAGAGUUUACUAUAAGGAGGCAGUGGGUGCGUUUGUUGUUUUCGACAUUACUCGAGGCUCUACAUUUGAGGCGGUUUCAAAAUGGAAGCACGAUUUGGACAGCAAGGUGAAACUGGCCAAUGGCAAUCCCAUCCCUUCUGUCCUUCUCGCCAAUAAAUGUGACCAGAAGAAAGAUGGAUCCAACAGUUCCUCACUUAUGGACAACUUCUGCAAGGAGGCUGGCUUUUUGGGAUGGUUUGAAACAUCAGCUAAGGAGAACAUCAACGUUGAUGAGGCUGCCCGGUUCCUGGUGGAGAACAUUCUUCUUAAUGAUAAAGGUCUUCCAUGUGAAGAGAACAAUGGUGACAAGAUUAAACUGCACCAACAAACAGUGCCUGCUGAGAGCAAGUCAGGUUGUUGCUAGUGUGGACGCUCUUGUGUGUCCCA